AUGGCUGACGCUUUCCCUACAAUGCGGAAGAUGGGGCUCACCAAGAUGACUGAUUCCGUAGGCACUGGACAUGCCGCCUGUAGGGGGAUGGUCUCUGGAGAUUCUCAAAGCACUGCGUGGCGCGACGUCGGACCCCGCCGUUCGGAGUCUGUCCUGCGGCAGCAUCCAGCCUCUGAUGGCCGAGAGUCGCAGGAGGAUCGCGCCCUGCGGAACGUUGACGCCAUGCUUCGUGCCCUGGAGGAGGAUUACCGCCGUACUCUUAGUUUGGGAGGAGAAAUUCAAAGCGGCGAAGAACAGGUGACGACACCUGCGGGUGAAAUCUCGCGCGGAAUCCCGGGUAGGUCCCCCCGAGAUGAGGACGUCAGCGACUCACUUCCGCGGUCUGGGGAGAGAAAACUUCCUCGCCGACCUUUCUCAAACCGUAGGGAGACGGUGAACGAGCAGGAGCUUCAAGAAGAACAGCGUGAACAAGUGACUUACCCACCCAGUGCCGAGGAUCGAGGCGUGGAACCAGGCUCUCGUGUAGCAGCCGCCUGUUCAAACGGGGUGCUUCUUUCGAAAUCGACAGAUGCCCAAAGCCGUGAAAAGUGUGCGUGCGUCCUUGCGCUUCCUCGAGACGGUCAAGAGACGCAAACGCACCGGCACAGCUGGCUGUCUGAGGUUGACCAAGUGGAACGGGAACGCAGGGACGACAGUUUCCGCUUGUCGACAGGAGAAGAGAGCGACCGAAAAGGCGACUUGGAGAGAAACUGUUAUCAGAGUCUUCCGUCCUCCCCCUCUGGCUGUGAGUCGUCUUCUCCCCGAUCUGAGUCUGAAGAGGAGACGGACGAAACACCUGCGUUUUACCAGCCUUUCUCGUCUCAGGCAGCCUCGCGGUGCGGCGCCAGCAGCGAAAAUACGACCACACGCUGGGAUUGUCGGUUCGAUUCGUCGGGUUUCGAAAAUGCGGACAGAAGAACAGGCGACUGGCCAGAUGCGAAGGCAUUCGUGAGGGUUAGCGCCACCAGCGCUGUAGACAUUCACCUCGAGGAAGACGCUACGGAAAGCCGCUCAUCAGUUUCACCUUCUCGCGUUGCGUCCACGAGUGACAGGUGUGCGUACAACCUAUCCAGGGGUUGUAGGUAUCCGUUGAAGUCGAGGACGAACGGUAGGAAAGAAAGGCGCGCUUUUCUUUCACCAGAGCCGCGGCAGAGCCAUGAGGCGCCCUCGCAUCAGCGAAACGUUAUGGACCAUGCUUCGGAUGCUUUCGGUUCCUCCCCAGCUUUGCGGUUACCGAGCUCCGGCGCUGCGUUGGACUGUCGUGAUGGGGCGUUGGAGCCUGGGGAAAACGAAGACUUUCCCGUGGCAGUGUGGAACGCCGGGGUCUGUGUGAUCGUUCCAGCAGCGAUCGCCGGGGAUGAAGCGUCGGCGAAGCCGAGAGAGAUCCGCGCCCCGAGCAAAGGCGACGCGUCAGCCGCAGCCGACAGCACGAACCGCACUGGUGUUGUCGCGCCUUCUGGAAAGAAGGCUGCAGCGUGGAACGUGCGGAUUCGGCCUCGACUCGCUGUCCCUGAAGACGUCAAAACUCAGGGAGCUAGAAAUACGCUCCACCACAGAGGAGGGGUCUCAGAAGAAGCCGCGUCAGGAGGACGGAACGGAGGGACGGCAGAUGUGGUUGGCCCGGUCAGUCGCACGUCUCCAGGAGUCCGCUCCGAAAACGGGAGACUUCCAGAAGAAAUCCGAGACAGAGAAGAAAGCGACUUGGAAAUUAUCCGAACGACAAUGGAACGCUUGAUCCUCCCUAGACCAUUCUGGAUGGUGGAGGAGGGUAGCGUUUCGCCGUUGCACAGCUGA